CUCCCACCGAAAUCCGCCUCCUCUGCUCAUCUCUCCCUCCUGCCAUAUUAUCGCCGGCUGCCGUGCCGCAGCGUCCUGCUCCUCCCUCCCCGUCGCCCGAAGCACCGCCGCGGCCUCGCGCCACCGCCCAGAAACCAUCUUCCCCUUGCCGCGCCGCCGAGCCUAUCCCCGGGGCCUCGUUCCACCGAAGCGCGUUGUGUCAAAUUUCUGCGACCUAGCCGCUGCCGCCGCCGUCGUCAUCAUCCUCGCUGGUGGUGCUGAGCGCAGAUCCAUUCCAGCUCGGAUUGAUUUCUUCCUUUGCUGUGCUGUCAUAACUGAACUAGAACAGUUUCUGAGAGCAAGCAUCACGAUUGUUAUGGAAGCUGGGAGAGUGGAUCAGCCUUGCAUGGCUGCUACCAAUAGCCAACCUUUCGUGGCUGAUAUUGAGCCAGUGAAGAAAGCCAGUGGGGACAUGCCUGUGACAACAGGAAGCGGAUGCUUUGACUGCAACAUCUGCCUUGAUUUUGCAGCAGAACCAGUGGUUACUCUCUGUGGCCAUCUAUACUGCUGGCCUUGUAUCUAUGAGUGGCUGCGCCCUGGGGUGGAGUCGACUGCCAGCGACAACAGCAGUUCGGCAAGGCGGCAAUGUCCUGUAUGCAAGGCAACACUCUCAACGGACACCCUUGUGCCACUAUAUGGCCGUGGAGGGGACUCAAAGAAGUCACCUAAUAGCAUUGCCAUCCCGCGCCGCCCCAUGGUACACCGGGAGACUGUUGAGCAACAGAAUGCACAGAGCAACGCCAAUGAUCAGCACUACCACCAGAGCAUGGAAGACAACCCUCAGCAUCGGCCGUUGCCGCACGCACAGCACUAUCCCAUUCCCACUGGACUUGACUUCAUCUACCCUCCAGCACCAGUAGGGCGUGGCUUGAUCCACUCAACUGCUGGAGGGGUGCUCGGAGGGAUGGCAGAGGUUGUGCUUCCUUGGGCGUUCCGUGGCCAGCUGCCAGCGAGCUUGUACUACAUGAGCCCAUACCAUGUUGCGACGCAGAACAUGAAUCCCAGGCUGAGGCGGCAUCAGAUGGAACUCGAGAGGUCCCUGCACCAGAUCUGGUUCUUCCUCUUUGUGUUUGUGGUGCUGUGCCUGCUCUUGUUCUGAGACAAGACUGUUCUAUAUACCUCUUUGUAGAUAUUGAAAGUGGGAGGGGGAUACUAAUGGAUGAUGCGUAUAGUAAACAGGGUAAUGGUCUGUGUCGACAAGCAUGUGCUUAAGCAUGCUGAUAUAGAGUUGUAAUAUGAUGAGACAUGGAGGUGAAAUGCAUAUUUCAUUCUUCUCGUAACGUCAACAAUUCCCUGGUCUAUCACUGUCGGCCUGUUAGGUUGCCUACCUGACAUCUUCAUGUUAGGUUGACCAUCAUCUGUUGUGCAUUGGUUGGUGUCACUGCCAAACGGCCGUUUGAUUUGUAUAUAAAUCGAAAAUGAUGUUUUGCCUA